AUGGAGCCUCGAAGGCUACCCCAUCUUGGUGGCUCAUCGCCUGCACAACUGGCUGUAAUGAAUGAUGAAUCCAUUGUUCCACAUGUCUUUGUUGGUGAUCAGCUUGUCAAUAGUGGCCGCAACAGACCAACACAACAGCACUUCAUCAUUCGUUCUUUGACAGAUUCCGAUAAUAACUUGCGUGAACAGCUGGGAUGGCCUCUGCCAGCAAACACACACCAGUUCGCAGCUCCUGUCGAUCCACGGGAUUCGGCUGUUUCCCAAACAAUAGGAUCGGACGUUCCGUAUGAUGAAUGGAUUGAACACAAACCUCUAGAUGAAGUCAAUACAGAGUUCAUUGAGCACACCUCAAACGCAGUGCAGCGCCACGAGCUCACCCGUCGGGGCGAGGAGCGCCGGGAACGAUGGAUUUUUAUCGAGACUCAGAUUAACUAUGAGGAUGCUGCAAUUGCGCAGAUCAUGUCAUUCAUGUCCGCGUUUGACUUUUGCCCGGGUGACGACUUUUAUGUUCGAUAUGUAAGAAUGGCGUGGAUGUGCGGCCCGGACUCCAUGAUUGAGGCAAAGACACGACUGAAUAACAAACUCCGGAACCAUGAAAAAUAUCUGGAGGAGGUCAACGAAGUUAUCGCGUUGGACCCACAUAUUUCACCUGGUGAUGUUUGUUAUACAUUGCGUGUUUACAACAUCAACGAACGGGCAAGAGUACUCAACGCUCUUGAUCAACAUGAUGACUUCAUUCGCCGUGAACGGGCAGCUGGCAUGAACAGUCCUAAUGACCCAAGAGGUAUUGUCAUCCAACCAGCCCAUCAGAAUCCCACUCACAUGCACAUACAACCCGGAAUAACGAUCGAUUGUGGUUCAUAUGAGAAUCUGUCGACUGAUGGUACCAAUGAGGUUGAGCGUGCUAGCACCAACCGUGGAAUCGAGAUUAUUGACCCCAGCACUGGUCAUCCCAUCCACUUUCAGAGACAACCAUUAACAGCAACAAACAACAACCGCAAUGCUACAGGCCGCACGAACGGGAAGUACUCAAACUGUGAUAACAUGCAGGUCGAUGAAAGUUCAGAGUUGUUUAUUCAUGGUGAUGUGAAUGGAAAUCGCAACAGAAACAGAAGAAACUCACUCUUCGAUCACACUCAGGUUGAUAGAAGAUCAGAGUUGCUUCGUGAUGGGAAUGGGACAAUCGGCAAUGUGCCUACGGGAAGCAAUGACCCGCUCUUUGACGCCAAUAGCCGAUUGAAUGGUCUCUUUUCUCUUGGGAUUGGUGCUGAUGUGGAAAACAAUGGAACCGUAUCAUGGAUCUCCCAGGAGACCUGGACAAAAAGUCGUCCGAGAAAAGGAAGUCGUAUCAGCAAAACAUUGCCUAGGAACUUCGGCCGAAACAUCGCCAAUUUGAGAUUGGCAUUGCUUUCCAUUACUGAGCCCGACCACGAGCACGCCAUCGAACUAACUGACACGGCUAGAAAUGAUGGGGAUGGGGAUACACCAAACCUCGCGUUCAGUGUCAAUGAGGAUGAAGUGAACCACGGUGCAACCCAAAAUGAAUGCUGCAUUGCACCAGUCUCGAGCAGUUCAGACGACGAGCAACAGACGAUGAGAGAUUCUAGCCCCGGACCUGGAUCGAAUGAAGAGAUGCUCUCAGAGCUUUCCUUUGAUCGACAGUACAGAGGUACUGAGGUAGUGGAUUACCAGACGCCUCUCAUUCCACCAGACUUUUUCGAUGUGUUUGUCGUAGACGUGGAGGGUGAUCAGGAAGUGGAAGGAUCCGGUGAAAGAAGAGGACGCCUCUCAGCUGAACAAUUACAUGAUGCCACGCACCACAGCCGCAGUGGGAGCUUCACCCUGACAAUGAAUAGCUUCGGAGCGGAUUACCCAGACGACAUGUCGGAUACACCUUUGUUGUCUCGGAAUAGCCCAUACGGCAGGCAUGGCCCAUUGUCUCGGAAUAGCCCGAGCAGAGCGAUCUCGAGGUCAAGUGCCCACCGUCGGCACCAUGUACCUGUGGGUGGUCUCAGCAGCUUUGGGUCUCGUAUGAUCAAAUCAAGUCUGAAUGCCCGCCGAAGAAAUGACGCACGUGAGAAUGUCCGAAACGCUCGCCGCUCGCUCAGAAAUUCAUCGAGAUUGUUCGACGACUUGAGAAACGAAGUACCUCCAACAACUAUCCUGGGUUUCGACGCGCCAGACAGUCACCAAAACACCAAUUACUUGCCUGUGUAUUCGACGCAGUUGAUUAAUGCCAGUGUCCGACAUACUGCACCCGCUAUUGUGAACACCAGCAGAAUCAAUGCGUAUGCUCACCUUUGA